AUGUCCGCUACCCCUCUCCUGCUCAUGACAUCACAAUGGAAGCAUGACUGCCCUCCCUUCACCAUGUUGAAGAGCAUGAUAUUGCAACACAAAGACCUCAGCAGAGAGAUGGAUGAGCCCAUGGAGGUGGUGUUGGAGAUGGAGGAGAUGAAGGCAGAGCUGGAACAGGUGAUGCAGGAGCUGGAGGAAGUGCAACAGAGGUGGAAGGAGCAGCAGCAGCAGCCACUGUGGGAGCAGGAUAGCCGGCAGGUCCGGCAACAACUGCAGCAGGAGCAGGAACAGGAACAGCAGGAGAAGGAGUUGUGGGAGGAGGAGGAUGUCUUCCUGGAGCAAGAGGACUCCCUGGAGCAGGACACUGUCAUGGACAUUGAGGUGGCUGCUGUCAUGGAGCAGGAGGGACCAGAAUGA